AUUUAUGAUCUGACAAUUAUCGGUCGCUGCUGGCUCCGCUCUCUUCACUCGACCUCCGACACAAAUAUACUUGUCGGAGCGCGUGUUGUCAUUGUUGCGACCGUCCAUCGACUCGCAGGAGGUAGGCCAUAACCGACCAUCACCUCACUCCAUUGAAGCGCUCCCUCGAGGACCUACAGCUGCGCCGUCAGACGUAGCUGAAACAUCUGGUGUCUGAUUCUGGAGAUUCAUGUGUGUUCCCCCAUCGAUGGUCAUGAUUUUGAGGUUACAGUUCCCUGGACUCCUGUGAUGUGUUAUGGCACUACUUCACUUGGGAUCCGAACUCUGCGGCGCUGCAGACUAUGUGUCGCUGAGCUAUCUCAUCGAUUCAAUGGACAUCGGCUAGCGUUCCCGUCAGCCCGGACGACAUCUCCUCAACAGCGGUCCUCAAGGCCAACGCCACAAAGAAGCUUCGUCAAUAACAGAUCCGUCCAUCCAUAUCCUAUGACGCACGAGCUGGAUUGGGUAUUCUCCUCAGCCUCUCAGUCGCUAACAAUCGCCACGCUCGGUGACUCGUCAUGAAAAUUUUCCAAGGACUGUCUUCCGUUUCGUAAGAUUUUGCGAUGCUUUCCUAGGUUGCAUUCUGGAUAUCGCGGAGAACAGGCUCUGAUACAGAGUUACGCCUCAUAGUUCCAAGUCUUAUGCUCCUAGGAUGCUCGGGACUUAGGAUCAUCUCAGUAUGCUCAGUGAUACUUAAGAGCGAUGGUUCUACCUAUGGCAUUCAUCAAUUCAAAGCACACCUUCGAGCAUUCGCUUCAAUACCCACAAGCUCAAUCUGUGUUCUAUAUUACACUUAUAUUCGUCUUCACAAUGACUGAUCACUGGAGGCGCCAACUGAACAACUUACUCCAGAGAUCUUAUGGAGUCCAAGCGCUUCAGUGGGUCCAGCAGCAACAUGGAUCACAGCACCAAGGCCUGUGGGAAGCCAGAGCCCUCAUACAACAGAUAGAAUAUGGUCGUGGUAUGGGCCAGACUUGCAAUGAAGCAAAGGAGGAGGCUGCAUAUCGAGCCUAUACCGCCCUUUCACGUCAUUUGGGCAUUUAGAUGAACAGACUCUGCUUUGUGUUUCAACCACUUCUUCCAUCAUCUCACACAUUGGACAUUCAUACGAUCAUCCCCCUCUGUAGCCUUAUUAUGCAUGACGUUCUCCUCAUUCUGACAUGCCUCUUUAAUGUAUUAUGUACGCUUUAAUGCAGAUCUUGAUCGUCGCCGUUUUGAGCAUCGCGGGAGCAUUCUGAGUCUAGA